AUGAGUGUAGCGCCUCUGCCUGGAGUCCAUCCAGUGGCCAUGUCGCGGCCGCAGGUGGGCAUAGAGCGACUGCCCACCCGGCGUAUGAGCAACGAGCCGCGCGAGUCUAUGAAUUGCAAAUCGUGUCGGAAGCGGAAGAUUAAAUGCAAUAGACUGCGGCCAUCCUGUGAGGCAUGCCAGGUUUUCCAAUGUGCCUGCAUCUAUGAUGCCGUACCAAAGAAACGCGGGCCGAAGACUGACGUGCUUGAGGCGCUUCUGAAAAGAGUGGACGGUCUGGAGCAAAAGUUGAAGGAAACGAAGAAGUCAGAAGACUCGCCCACGGCAGAAGAAGCGCCACUCUCAGCAACAACUGAAGACGGCGCCUCGAAUGCAACGGCGUCGGAAACACAAGAGGACGUGUCGGUAACAGCUGAACCAAAAGCCAAACGCCUAGCUCUAGACACAACACGUAUCAGCGACACAGUGGAUGAAUCAGCAGUAUAUUCACCCACAGUUGUCAGUGAGCCGUCUCCUGGUGUUCAAGCGGAGGCACUCCUGGACACUUACUUCAGCCGCUUCCAUGCCAAGCCGUACCACAUUCUGGAUGAGUCGACUGUUCGGCAGAGAUUGCAGCUAAAUCAGUUACCGGUGUAUCUUGUGCAUGCCAUAUACGCCGUUGGCGCAAGAUAUACGCCUCACCCAAGUGGCUACCAAUCAGCCGUCCAGCUCAGUGAAGAAUAUGCUUCCCAGGCAAGGAAAGAAAUUGAUACGGAUGAACCAUCCGUUGAUGCGCUUCAGGCCCUCCUCUUACUCGUUACUGCAUUUACGGCAGCAGGCAAGGGCAAAAAGGCCUACAUGUUGUUGACAAAUGCCGUAGGAAUGGCCAUGGCACUCGAGUUGCAUCGAGAAGUCGAAUUAAACGCUCGUAUCACACCCGUUGAGCGUGAAAUGAGAAGGCGCCUGUUCUGGACCUGUUACUUACUCGACAGGUUCAUGGCAUGUGGGUCGAAAAGACCUUCGCUUAUUGGUGACAAGACUAUCCUACUUCGAUUACCGUACUGGUCACCAAGUCCGGCAGCUCUGCCCAUCGAAGGCGAAUUUUUCCAAAGCGAUUCCAACUUGCAACAGCUUCAAGGCAGUGGGAGGAAGUGCCAAGGAAGCAGCGGCAUGCUAAUCGAUAUUAGCCGCAUUCUUGGAAUCACAAAUCGCUAUCUGGCAGCGGGUGGUGUCAAAGGAGACUCACAUUUUCCCUGGCACUCACUAUCAAAUCUUUCCAAGAUCCGACAGCAUCUCGACGUGUGGGCAUCAGGGACAGACGAUGUUUUCUCCAGUGUAGAUUCACUCUUUGGUCAACCCGACUCGACUGUACUAGUUCUCAGCAAACUCAUCUAUCAUCUGAUACACUGUCUCGUCUAUCGGCCGUUUAUACCGAUCGAUCUCGCGGAACUAGCGGGAUCAGGGCAACAUCAGUCCUGGCAGAUUGAAGCGACCAACAUGUGCUUUUUACAUGCAAAUGCUAUCGCUGAACUAGUAGAGCUGGGGAAGCAGACAGCAACGAUUGAAUGGCCAGCAUUCGUGGGAUAUUGCAUCUGCACAGCAGGAACAGUUCACAUACACGGUGCACAUUACAAUAAGAUUGGCACAAACGAAAUGAGCGCGUUUGCGUCUUCGGCCGACUUUCUGUCGAGGGAAAUGCAGCAAUUGAGCGAGUUACGCUAUGCUUGGGCUAGUGUACAGCAUCAAAGAGAAACACUGCAGGGUAUUUACAACGCUCAUUCCGAGCUGGUCAAGAGCGUGGCGAACAAUCCCAUGCGGCAUGCGCCGGUCUUCCAUCUCGAAGACUUCUUCGACAGAUAUGCUAAUAUUGGUGGUCCUGGAGGGCAAACAUUUACUUUCGAUCCCGCCAAUCUGAGCCUUUCCGAUGUUAUUGUCGAUUUUGCCACGGAUACAUAUACGGGCCACGAUCUUUACGCUCCGCGACACGGCAUCGAUGCCGGCGCCGAGAGGCCAAACCUCAAACGAAAGAGCAUAGCAGGCACAGCUCGUAAGCGACCGGACAUGAGAAACCUAGCGCCGAUUCACAGGCCAGGACAAUUACCACCGAUGCAUGGGCUUCCUACACCAGUCCAGCAUGCAUUCUCUGCUGGUCAAACACCUCAGAUCAUGCUUCAGAGCCCGAGGUCUCUGCCUUCUAAUGGCGAUCGGAUGGCACACCACCAGGUCCAAUCGUUACAUCAGGACUCCGAGGAUGCAGCCGCUAAAGCAGCUGUAGCCGCAGCGGCGGCUGCGGGAUUCUCGCUGUCACCCCCGCAGCCUGCACAUCAAAUACCCAAUAUGCCUGCGACUCCGUUCUCCCCUCAGUACAACUUCGCUACACUCCAAGGUAGCACACACUUUACCAACGGACGUGGCGGUCACGACAUGAACGUUGGUUAUGACCCAAUGUUUGGAGGGGUCCCAACUAACGCGUUUUCAUCACCAGCAGCAUGGCACGGAGAUGAGGAUCGGAGACUUCCCCCUGUCGCACCGAGUCCAGGUGCGGCAAGUCACAAUGGCAGCGCUGGAACUGGUCCUGGAGAAGAGAAGGAUCCAUUCCUGAGCCUUCUGGAACAAUUAGCCGAAAACGAAAACGCUCAAGGGCAUGGCAAUGACCUGGACUUCUUUUUGAAUGGUGCUCAUAUUUGA